AACACGACCAAAGACAACACGACCAACGACAACACGACCAAAACGACCAAAGACAACAACACCAACGACAACACGACAAACACCAAAGAC